CGGGCGGGCUGCCUGAGGGCUCAUGCAGUGCGGGAAUUUCGGACGGGGAAGAAGGAGCUGUUGGGCCGGGCCCGGCUCCUGAGACCCAGCAGUGAAAAUGCCAUAUAUAAAGAAGACAUCUGGAAAAAGAGGUCCUGUGAAGAGGAAGCUUGCGGAAGAGUUUGCUCCUGGAGAAGUGUUAACAGACACAUCAAAAAAAGAGUGGAAAUUAGGCAUGCCUAUAGGUCAAGGUGGCUUUGGAUGCCUAUAUCUUGCUGAUGUUAAUUCUUCAAAAUCGGUUGGCAGUGAUGCACCCUAUGUUAUAAAAGUGGAACCCAGCCAGAAUGGACCUCUUUUUACUGAAUUAAAGUUCUACAUGCGAGCUGCUAAACCAGAGCAAAUUCAGAAAUGGACUAGUUCCCAUAAACUGAAGUACUUAGGUGUACCGAAGUACUGGGGCUCUGGCUUGCAUCAAAAAAAUGGGAACAGCUAUAGGUUUAUGGUAAUGGACCGAUUUGGGAGAGAUCUUCAGAAAAUUUAUGAAGAGAAUGCAAAGCAGUUUGCACACAAAACUGUGUUAAAAUUAAGCUUGAGAAUACUUGAUAUUCUGGAAUAUAUCCAUGAGCAUGAAUAUGUGCAUGGAGACAUCAAGGCCUCAAACCUUCUCCUGAGCUACAAGAAUCUUAAUCAGGUGUACUUGGUUGAUUAUGGCCUUGCUUAUCGAUACUGUCCAGAAGGAGUGCACAAAAAAUAUAAAGAAGACCCCAAAAGAUGUCACGAUGGUACAAUUGAAUAUACUAGUAUUGAUGCACAUAAGGGUGUGGCUCCAUCAAGACGGGGUGACUUGGAAAUUCUAGGUUACUGUAUGAUUCAUUGGCUCAGUGGCCAUCUACCAUGGGAGGACAAUUUAAAAGACCCCAACUAUGUCAGAGAUUCAAAAAUUAGAUAUAGUGAGAAUAUUACAGAUUUGAUGAACAAGUGCUUUCCUGAGACAGAAAAACCAGAUGAAAUAGCCAAGUACAUGGAAAAGGUGAAGUUAUUGAGCUAUGAAGAGAAACCUCUUUAUCAGCAUUUCCGAGAAAUACUUUUGCAAGGUCUUAAGGCUAUUGGGCAAAAGGAUGAUGGCAUACUGGACUUCAGUUUUUCAGAGAAUGGAGAUUUGCGAACCAAGCCUGUACAAAAGAAGAAAAGAAAGGCAGCGGCAUCAGCAGCAGCCACAACAGAGGAAAGCACUGGAACAGACAUGGAAGAUGUGGAAAGUCCACGAAAGAAGAGACCUGCUCGUUGUAGAAACGCUGACUCCUCAGGACCAAUUCCUCACAGCAUGUUACAGCCAGAGGCUAGCAGCAGCAGCAGCUUACAACAAUUCAGAAGCCACCAAAACACUGAAGAAAAGUUCACCGAAAGACAGAAGAACCAGAAAGAGAGUCCAGAAGUAGAAGAACUAGAAUAAUGUGCUCCUCUUCUUUGCUUCGCUUUGUUUGGCUAAUGUAAUGCUGGAAUCUUUGCUUCUCUUUUUAAUGUUUAUUUUUAGAGGAUUUGAAAAAUGGCUAUGCUGCAGUUUGUACCUUGUUUGGAAGAAUAAAUGUUUUAUUAAAGUGUAUUUGUGUACUCCA